AUUUCUACAAACUUAAUGAAGCUAACAGCUGGACGUAUGCAGAGGUUGUAGAGUACUAUCAUACGAAACUAGAGCAAAAGGAUUGGAUGAGAGUACUGGAUAAAAUCAAAAAGGAUCUUCAAAUUGUGGCAUCUUCAGAUUUAAGUUUUGACAAGAAAUGCAAAAGAAAAGCUCAAAGCAUUCUUGACUGCUAG